AUGGCGAGUGGAUUCCUUCCAUUUCUGGCGAUGGCUUUCGUGCAGCUGGGGUACGCAGGCAUGAACAUCAUUUCAAAGCUUGCAAUGCAAUCUGGCAUGAACCCUAUCGUCCUCGCCGCUUAUCGCCAAAUCUUCGCCACGCUCGCCAUUGCUCCCUUUGCUUACUUCUUCGAACGCAAAACGGUCCCCAAGUUGACCAGGCCCAUUGUGUUCCAGAUAUUGCUUUCUUCCUUAACUGGGGUAACUGGAAACCAAGUAUUUUUCUUCCUGGGCUUGAAAUACUCUACUGCCACAAUUGCAUGUGCGAUGACAAAUUUGCUCCCAGCUUUUACCUUUAUCCUUGCACUCAUCUUCAGACAAGAGUACCUGAAAAUAAGGGCAUGGAGUGGGCAAGCAAAGAUAAUAGGAACUGUAUUGUGUGUGGGUGGAGCCUUGGUAUUGUCAUUCUACCAUGGAAAUGUCAUUGACAUAGGUGAAUCAACUAUUCACUGGGGAUACGCAGAGAGAAUGCAAGCAACAAGCUCCUCUGCCAAACCCAAUACGUUUCUUGGCCCUUUCUUCUUGGUUGUUAGUGCUCUCGUCUGGGCAGUAUGGUUCGUCGUCCAAGCGGACAGCAAAAAUUUUCCAGCUCCGUACACGAGCACAACCUACAUGUGCUUCUUGGCGAGCUUCCAGUGUGUGGUCAUUGCUCUGUCUUUUGAUCGCAGCGCUUCAGCUUGGUCCCUCGCAAAUCCUAUCCGAGUCAUUUCUGCUCUUUAUUCGGGGGUUCUUUGCACAGGAGUGGCGUAUGGGUUCAUGUCGUGGACUAUUGAGAGGAAAGGUCCUCUUUAUGUGUCUGUGUUCACCCCCUUGCAGCUCGUCAUCACUGCUUUUAUCAGCUGGGCUCUGCUUCGCGAGGAAAUAUACGUCGGAACUGCUAUAGGGUCGCUGCUUAUAGUUAUGGGACUCUACUCUGUGUUGUGGGGGAAGAACAGGGAGGUUACCAAGAAAGACAAUAAUGAAGAUAUAGAAUCAGCGGCGGAGAAGAAGGCAAAAGAGGCGAAGAAUAGCGACUUGGGAUUGCAGUCCUUUAUGGUGUCUUCAAACUCAAGCAAUGAGUUUGCUGCUAGCUAGAAGCAGAGCUUUAUCAAAGAUUACUGAGAAGGAGACC